GGCGGAGGGGAGCCCGCUUUUUCGCGCGUCGCGUGGGCGGAGCGUGUGACGAGGUCCUUCCGCGAACGGCGGCGGGCUCGGUCUUCGGGGCCGGCGGGGAGUUUGACUCGGGCCUCUCUCGGCUGAAGCGGCGGCGGACUCGGGGGCGGGGCGGCUCCCUGCCUCGGUGACGGCGCGAGCGAGGCGGAGGCUUGAGCGCCGCCCGCGUCACGUGACCCGCCGCCGAAAGGGAAGCGCGCCAAGAUGCACGGGGGCGCGCCCUCCGGGGACAGCGCGUGCCCUCUGCGCACCAUCAAGCGCGUGCAGUUCGGCAUCCUGAGCCCGGACGAGAUGAAACGGAUGUCUGUGACUGAAGGGGGGAUUAAAUACCCUGAGACGACAGAAGGGGGUCGCCCCAAGUUGGGCGGAUUGAUGGACCCUCGUCAGGGUGUUAUUGAAAGGACCGGACGCUGCCAGACAUGUGCAGGCAACAUGACGGAGUGCCCUGGUCAUUUUGGACACAUUGAGCUGGCCAAGCCAGUCUUCCACGUUGGCUUCUUGGGCAAGACAAUGAAGGUUCUACGCUGCGUCUGCUUUUUCUGCUCCAAGCUGCUGGUUGACUCUAAUAACCCCAAGAUCAAAGACAUCCUGGCCAAGUCCAAAGGGCAGCCCAAGAAGCGCCUGACCCACGUCUACGACCUUUGCAAGGGCAAGAACAUCUGCGAAGGGGGGGAAGAGAUGGACAACAAAUUUGGAAUGGAGCAGCCGGAUGGGGACGAGGACAUCACCAAGGAGAAGGGUCAUGGCGGCUGCGGGCGCUACCAGCCGAGGAUUCGACGUUCGGGCUUGGAGCUCUACGCUGAGUGGAAGCACGUGAACGAGGACUCACAGGAGAAGAAGAUCCUGCUGAGCCCGGAGCGGGUCCACGAGAUCUUCAAGCGCAUCUCUGAUGAAGAGUGUUUCAUUCUGGGCAUGGACCCCAAAUACGCCCGGCCUGAGUGGAUGAUCUGCACCGUGCUUCCCGUCCCGCCACUGUCUGUUCGGCCUGCUGUUGUCAUGCAGGGCUCUGCCCGGAACCAGGACGAUCUGACUCACAAACUGGCUGACGUUGUGAAAAUCAACAACCAGCUGCGGAGGAAUGAGCAGAACGGGGCGGCCGCUCACGUCAUUGCGGAGGACGUGAAGCUGCUGCAGUUCCACGUGGCCACCAUGGUGGACAAUGAGCUGCCGGGGCUGCCUCGGGCGAUGCAGAAAUCGGGGAGGCCUCUGAAGUCCCUGAAGCAGAGGCUGAAGGGAAAAGAGGGGCGCGUACGAGGGAACCUGAUGGGGAAGCGAGUGGAUUUCUCUGCCCGGACGGUCAUCACCCCAGAUCCCAACCUGUCGAUCGAUCAGGUGGGCGUGCCCCGCUCCAUUGCGGCCAACAUGACCUUUGCUGAGAUUGUGACGCCCUUCAACAUUGACAGGCUGCAGGAGUUGGUGCGCAGAGGGAACAGCCAGUAUCCUGGAGCUAAGUACAUCAUCCGGGACAACGGGGACAGGAUCGACCUUCGUUUCCACCCCAAGCCCAGUGACCUCCACCUUCAGAUAGGCUACAAGGUGGAACGGCACAUGUGCGACGGGGACAUUGUCAUUUUCAACCGGCAACCCACCCUGCAUAAGAUGUCCAUGAUGGGGCACAGGGUCCGGAUCCUGCCCUGGUCAACUUUCCGUCUCAAUCUCAGUGUGACCACCCCUUACAAUGCUGACUUUGAUGGCGACGAGAUGAACCUUCAUCUCCCCCAGUCCCUGGAGACGCGGGCCGAGAUCCAGGAGUUGGCCAUGGUGCCCCGCAUGAUCGUCACGCCGCAGUCCAACAGGCCAGUCAUGGGCAUUGUGCAGGACACCCUGACGGCCGUCCGCAAGUUCACAAAGAGAGACGUCUUCCUAGAGAGGGGCGAGGUGAUGAACCUCCUGAUGUUCCUUUCCACGUGGGACGGCAAAGUGCCCCAGCCGGCCAUCCUGAAGCCCCGCCCCCUGUGGACCGGGAAGCAGAUCUUCUCGCUGAUCAUUCCGGGCCACAUCAACUGCAUCCGGACGCACAGCACCCACCCGGACGAUGAAGACAGUGGGCCGUACAAACACAUCUCUCCCGGGGACACCAAGGUCAUUGUGGAAAACGGAGAGCUGAUCAUGGGGAUCUUGUGCAAGAAGUCACUGGGGACCUCAGCCGGCUCUCUGGUCCACAUCUCCUACCUGGAGAUGGGCCACGACAUCACCCGCCUCUUCUACAGCAACAUCCAGACGGUCAUCAACAACUGGCUGCUGAUUGAAGGUCACACGAUUGGCAUCGGGGACUCCAUUGCUGAUGCCAAGACCUACCAGGACAUUCAGAACACCAUCAAGAAGGCUAAGCAGGAUGUGAUAGAG